GUUUGGAUGAUGCGCCCCUCCCAUAGACUGAAGAAAUAGUAACAAUGGAUGAGUGCAGACACAUCGAGCAGUUGCAGCUUGGCCCGGAUCAUUCCAUCUUCAACCCUCAGAAAUGGUACUGUACGGACUGCAACACGACGGAGUCGAUUUGGGCGUGUCUCAGCUGUUCGCACGUGGCCUGCGGAAGGUAUAUCGCGGAGCACGCCCUGAAGCACUUUGAAGAAAGCAGCCAUCCCGUUGCGUUCGAGGUGAAUGACAUGUAUGUGUUUUGUUACCUUUGUAAUGAUUAUGUUCUCAAUGACACAGCAGCUGGACACCUGAAGUCACUACGAAGUACAUUAAGUGCAAUCAAAAGUAAAACUUACCCGCGUGCGGCUCCGAGCGGCAGGGUUUCACAGCCGGUGGACACGCGUGACACUUCUUCCUCCUUCCACGACGGCGCCCAGUCCCCGGCUGCGAAAGAAGAUCAAACGUGCACUGCCCUUUGGCACAGGAGAAGGACGCUCAUGGGUAAAAUCUUUCGAACUUGGUUCGAACAGUCAGCCAUUGGGAGAAAGAGGCAAGACCAAAUUCCGGACAAAGCGGUAGCAAAGAGAGAGCUGAAGAAAAGACAGCAAGACGUAGGGCCGCAGGUGAGAGCCGACUUGGAAAGCACACCCCCACGAAAGAGUUUGCGCCUGCAAGGCCUCACGGAGGCUGCCACCACAGAAACGGUCCCGGUGCAGCCGCCACCGCCAACUCAGCCAUUGCCAGCCAAAGAUAAAGCGCUGUCACCGACCUCGGAAGAUGAGAAGCCGAAAAAAGUAAGUGACUCCUUAAUGAAACGAAGGCCGGUAGUGACCCCUGGUGUAACAGGACUGAGAAAUUUAGGGAAUACUUGCUAUAUGAAUUCUGUUCUGCAGGUGUUGAGUCAUUUACUUAUUUUCCGACAGUGCUUUUUAAAGCUUGACCUGAACCAAUGGCUGGCGGUGGCUGCUAGCGAUAAGUCCCGACCCUGUAAACACUCACCUGUCACAGAUGCGGCAGCUCAUCAGAUGAAUGAAGGCCAAGAGAAAGAGAAGGAGAAGGAGAAAGAGAAGGAGAAGGGCUUCGUGUGCUCCAGACACCCAAGUUUAUCGUCAGGCCUCAGCGGCGGGUCCUCCAAGAGCCGAAACAUGGAGCUCAUCCAGCCCAGGGAGCCGAGUUCACCGUACAGUUCUCUUUGCCACGAGCUACACACUUUGUUCCAAGUCAUGUGGUCUGGAGAGUGGGCCCUGGUGUCGCCAUUCGCUAUGCUCCACUCGGUGUGGAGACUCAUCCCUGCUUUCCGGGGCUAUGCCCAGCAGGACGCUCAGGAGUUUCUUUGUGAGCUUCUGGAUAAAAUACAACGCGAACUCGAGACAACGGGAACCAGGUUCCCAGCUCUCAUCCCCACUUCCCAAAGGAAACUGAUCGAGCAAGUUCUGAAUGUAGUAAAUAACAUUUUUCACGGACAACUUCUUAGUCAGGUUACGUGUCUUGCGUGUGACAACAAAUCCAACACAAUAGAACCAUUCUGGGACUUGUCACUGGAAUUUCCAGAGAGGUACCAAUGCAGUGGGAAAGAUGCCGCCUCCCAGCCAUGUCUAGUUACUGAUAUGUUGGGCAAAUUUACAGAAACAGAAGCAUUAGAAGGGAAAAUCUACGUGUGUGACCAUUGUAACUCAAAGCGUAGAAAGUUUUCGUCAAAACCAGUUGUACUCACAGAAGCCCAGAAACAGCUUAUGAUAUGUCACCUACCUCAGGUUCUCAGACUACACCUCAAACGAUUCAGAUGGUCAGGACGUAAUAACCGAGAGAAGAUUGGUGUUCAUGUUGUCUUUGAGGAAACCUUGAACAUGGAGCCCUAUUGCUGCAGGGAGACCCUGAAAGCUCUCAGACCAGAGUGCUUUAUCUACAAUUUAUCUGCUGUAGUAAUCCACCAUGGGAAAGGAUUUGGCUCAGGACACUACACUGCCUACUGUUACAAUUCUGAAGGAGGGUUCUGGGUACACUGCAAUGAUUCCAAGCUAAGCAUGUGCACUAUGGAUGAAGUACGCAAGGCCCAAGCUUAUAUCUUAUUUUAUACUCAGCGAGUUACUGAGAAUGGACAUUCUAAACUCCUGCCUCCCGAGCUCUUGUCCAAUAGCCAACAUCCCAGUGAAGAAACGGAUGCCUCUUCCAAUGAAGUCCUUAGCUGAUCCACAGUGGGCUCUCGUUAUUUGUAUAUAUACUUUUU